AUGGCUAGUUCCAACAUUAGUAAUGAAUCAAUUAAUGUUGACAGUACUGAAGGUACUGAAGAACAAGACCAAAUGAUGCAUGAACACAUUCAAGACGUUCAAGGAACGAAAGUUGAUAUAGUUAAUGAGGAUAUGGAGCAAUCAAUUCAAGGCAAGAAAAAACGUGCUUAUACAUGUGGAAAUUGUGGUAAAGAUGGUCAUCGUAGAUCUCGUUGCCCUAAUCGUAUGACAUGA